AUGCUGGUCGCGCAAGGUCUCCUGUCAUUAGCAUGGCUUUGGCCGCUCCAGGGCAUAUACUUUUCUCUAACGCACCCCGCCGUCACCCUUUCGGUGCGCGCGGCGCUCCUGAAGGCGCUGAUAUCCUCCGUCGUCAUCUUCGGCGUGCUCCUCUUUUUCACAUGGGUUCCCCAAAUGGCCGUCCUUGCCAUACUCUCUGGCCCUCUGGCGCCCAUCCUAGCGUUCAUUCUAGUCGGCGCAGAGUCCGCCGUUGUUGUCACCUACCUUGCUCGGCCCCUCUUCCUUGAUCCUGCACUCACACAUGUUUUUGACGCAACUCUAUGCGCGCGAGGGCAAAUCGAGCUUGUGAAGCAGGGGAAGACACGCGGGCCAGGCGCAAGCAGGAGCGUUGUCGAGGGCGCAUUGAUCAAGCCAUUCCAAGCGCUGUCGAAGGACGGGCUCGUUCGAUACGUCUUAACCCUUCCGCUGAACUUCGUUCCUGUGGUCGGCACCGUUCUUUUUGUGCUAUACAACGGCUAUGUUGGAGGUCCCAAUUGGCAUGCAAGGUACUUCCAGCUGAAGGGCAUGUCUAAGAGCCAGCGCGCAGCGUUCGUGAACAAACAUCGUGCGGAGUAUGCUGCCUUUGGAACGGUGACCCUCCUGUGUAAUUUCAUCCCGUUCGUUGGCCUGCUGUUCAGCUUUACCAACACCGUUGGCGCAGCUAUGUGGGCCGCGCGGUUGGAAGCGCGUGACAACCCAGCCUAUGGUUCUGCACCGGCAGUCGCUUCACAUCCUACGAAGAGUGUGCCCGUACACACGCCGAGCAAGCAGACGACCGAUGGCUCGAAUACGGAGAAGGCAAAAGACGAGUAA